CAUGGCAGUGGAGCACAUGGCUGCUGAAAAUAAUAAACCCACAGCUAUUAAAACUAAAACAGAUGAAUAUGUCCUCAAAUUAUUCUGGACUUUAUCAGAAGGACAGGAUAAUGCCAGGAUCAAGGCAUCCAAUGAACUCGUGAAACAUCUAACCAAGAAGCAAGAGAAUUCUGAAGAAUCUAAAACAGAUGAAUUAUGUCCGACCUUGGUGUAUACGUUAGAGAGGUUGAUUAAAGGGCUAUCAUCAGGAAGAAAAUGGUCAAGAUUGGGUUUCUCGUUGGCUUUAACUCAGAUAUUACGAAAUCUCGACGUCCCUGUAAAACAAGUUUUAGAUUUAACAGAAAAACAUCUUCACUUCUCAUCACACGACCAAAAACAGGAAUGUGGAGGGUUGAUGUUAGGUCAGGCUUUUGUUUAUCUCAGUUUGAUUCAGUCACAUAGAUUGAUAAAGGGAGAUGGUAAAGAGUAUGGGGGAGAAGUUAUUAAAACUUUAUUUAAACUUUGUAAAGAGAAGAUGUAUUUACAGUCGAUCUGUUCACAAGGUCUAACAUUACUGAUACAGCAGGCCAGUAGUAAAAUAUUUAAGAAGAGAUUAUUACCAUGUUUACAAGAUGAGUUAGAUAAAGGAUGGAAAGGCUGUACUAUAAAUAGAUUAUUGAUAGCUCUAGUAUCUACUAUACAUCAUGAGGAUUGUAUGGAAGAAAUAUUAGAAGAACAUUGGACAAAUCCGAUUGUCAGUAAAAAGAGUUUCACAUUUAUUGUAGAAGUUUUAAGGAAUUGUAGCGUAGAGAGUAAAGUUUAUGUUCAAGUUUGUGAAUUAUUGGCCAAACUAUCGGAAACAUCUGUUGAUAGAACAUGGCAUGGUGUAGGAGCAAGAAUUUUAGAGGGUAAUCAACAACAAAAACAGAUCGCAGGGUGUUUAUUAAAUAAAUUACUAAUAGUUACGUCGUCGCCUGAACAGAUUGAAGAGUUAUUAAAUCGAAAAGUUCGGGAGUUUUUGAUUCUGUUUCCAGGCAGUAUUCAUGUUAAACAGACUAAAGAUGAGAUUCUUAAAGCAAUUGUGGAUAAAAUCCGAACUUGUCAAGAUGUUGAUAUAGAGAUGGCCUUAGUUAGAUCGUUACUCCGGGAUCCAGGUGGACCAGCGAUUGACAGAUCAACUAAAUCACAGACGUUGUCACAGGCUAUUAAAUCGUUAUCAGAAGAGGGUUUUGAUCAGUAUUUUAAAAUGGUACAGCAAAUUUUUAUGGAAGAGACAGUGGAAGGUUUUACGCCAACUGAGUGUUUACGAAUUAAAAAGAAGGCUGUGUUUUUAUUACGACAGAAAACUUUAAUGGGUGAACAUCAGACUGCGUUAAUAAAACAGCUGUUUGUACAGGGUUAUUUUAACGUAAUAACUCCUUCAACUAAAAUAUUAUAUUGCAAGAAUAAAGUUUCCUACGAUGAAGAAGAGUUAAAGAUGAUGCAGAAUGGUUAUUUAAAUUGUGUAGCUAACUUUCAUUCUGGUUCCAUGGUUCAAAGUACACACAGAAAGAAAUAUUUACAAUUGUUGAUAGAAGUUUUUAAUUAUGCACAGGAAUUAAUGUCUAAUACAAAGAUAGUUACAACCAAGAAGAAAUUAUCACAGAAAGAACGAGAUGCUUGGAAUAAAGUUGUAGUUGUUGUUAAAGAAAUCACUGAUAAGGUGGAAGAUAAAAAGAAAGUAGAAGAUGACGCCUUCCUGUUUUUAUUUAUACAUUUUGCUCUACAAAUUUUAACAGAUUCAACUAAAUUAGAUCUUUCAUUAUUGGAGGAUGUACAGAGUUGUUAUAAGAAAGCUUUCUUAAAGAAGAAACCUGGUGAUAAAAAUACUUCAGAUGAACCUGAAUGGAUAGAAGUAAUGACAGAAGUGUUAUUAAAUAUGAUGUCCCAUUCGUAUCAACUAGCACGUGUCAUGUCAAGCACCGCAUUUAAACUUUUGGUUGAUCAUGUGACACCUGAAACAGUCGAACAAAUUAUUACAGUUAUGUUCUCCAAGAUGGGUGAUGAUGCUGUUAACUUUAUUGAUGAUGAAGACAAGAAUGAUGAUGAUGAUGAUGAUGAGGAAGGAGAAGAAGAUGAGAGUGGAGAUGAUGAUGAUGAUGAUGAUGAUAGUGAUGAAGAGAGCAGUGAGGAGACGGAUGAAGAUGAAGAAGAUACAAAGCCAAAUGGUAAAAAAGUAGAAAAGCCAUCUAAGAAACUGAAAAUAGAUGUUAAAGAUUCUAAAGAAAAGAGUCUAAAAUCUGAAAACGCUGUUAAGAAGAAGAGUGGAAAACGAGAGGAUGACGACGAUGAAAUGGAAGAAGCUGAAGAUUUUAAUGAAGGAUUUCGUCAGACAGUCAAGGCAGCUCUUGGGGUGGCUGCUGCUGAUUCUGAUGAUGAGGAAUCAGAUUCAGAUUUAAAUGAUAGCGAUAUGGAGAAGAUGGAUGAUAAAUUAGCCGAGGCCUUCAGAAGUAUGCGAAAAACAUCGAGAAAAAAAGUUGGUGUUGAAGCAGAGAAACAGUUUAUAGCUUUUAAAACAAGAGUAGUAGAUUUAAUACAGAUAUUAGUCAAGAGUGAUAUACAAGCUCAAAUUGCUGUGAGUUUGGUUUUACCGUUGUUAAGAAUUAUGGAUAAAUCAAAUCUUAAAGAUGGACAGAGAGAACUUCACGUAAAAACGAAAAAAUCGUUUGAUAUUCUCUACAACCAAAAACAUAUGAAGGGAGCAAGUGAAGUAGAUAAAGACUGGUUAUUCAAGACUUUACAAGAGAUUGUCCAGUUCAGUACAAAAGCUACAGAUUUGGUUUUAGUCAAAGAAAUAUCCAAUGCUUGUUUAUAUAUUAUGAAGUUGUUGUUGUUAGAUGAUGAAACGCUGAACCCGACGAAACGUGAUGAUACAAAAUCUAAGAAAAAGAAAUCAGAAAAUUACAGAGAAAAGGUUGUUGAUUUUCUGAAAGAGAAUUUAUCAUUUUUCCUGUAUAAUAAAAAGUAAGUUAUAAUUGAGUGAGGUUAUAUUAUAGAACUAUAGGUUUUAUAUCUGUAUAGUUAUCAGUUAGUGAUGUUAUUUUAUAGAACUAUAGGUUUUAUACCUGUAUAGUUAUCAAUUAGUGAUGAUAUUUUAUAGACUGAAAUUUAUUUUACAGAUAUGCCAUGUUAUUUAUGAAACAUUCUCAUGAAGUCUGUGAUAAAGAACAGAUAAAUGAGAUUAUAGAGUAUUUAUGUACAAAAUAACACAAUUUAAUUUAAUUAAACAUAUGUAUUUAUGAAACUGUAAAUAAUUGUAAAAUUAAUGAAUUUAAGAAUCCCCGCUCAACAGAAAACCACAACAGACUUGUAGAAGUAGAGGAUCGUUUGAUAAAUCAACGUUUCGGGUGUGGUACCCUUUAUCAAGAUUCUGUAAAAUAAUUGUAAAAUUAUUGUAAAUUUUAUUAUUAGUAUUACUAACAUUAUUAUUUUUAUCACAUCUGUAUGUAUACCUUUGUGUAUGAAAUAAAUAUAUUAUUAUUAACCACAUAUGACAUAUUCAACUUGAAUUGCAAUUAUAUAUCUGAGAAACGAUAAGCUUUGUGUAUGUAUUUAUAUAUUUGUAUUUUCCAGAGAUUAUCGUUUCCAUCCAGGAUUUUUUAACAACAUGUUAGAGAAAUUUCCGAAAUUAUUUUGGUUUUUAAAUGUUACAUUGUUGGAUGUUCUGCAGAAUGAAAGAAUAAAAGUCUAUAAUAAGACAUUAGCAUGUGGUUAUAUGUCAACCUUGUUAGUUAAAAAACCAUGUUUAGAACUGAAAUCUGAAGAAUGGAAGAAAUUUGAAGAUGCAAUUUUACCAGUCUUAAAAAAGUUUAUUCUAUCAUUUGAUGUGAAAGAUAAUUAUAAACCCAAAUUUCUACAGGAAAUCUUCAACAUUUUGUUUAAAAUGAUUCAAAUUUCACCACAGAUUAAAACAAAAAUAACAGAUGAUAUGAGAGAGAAGAUUUCCAGUUUAAAACCUAAAUUCUGUAAAAAUACACGACAGGCUUUCCAUAGAUAUAAAGGUGUGCUAGAUGAGGGUGUAGGAAAACGAUCCAGACGACAGGAGCGACACAACAGUCAAGACCGUAAGCCGAAACCGGUCGAUAAAAUAAACGGAGGUACGCCGCAUGUUAAUGGUGAUCACGAAGCUGAGGAGAUCGUGAUGGCAACACCGAAAAGUUCCAAAAAAUCCAAGAAAAAACAUAAAGAAAGGAAUGAUUCAGAAUCUGAUAAACAAAAUGAAAACGAGGAUGAUGAAGUUUCAAAGAUGGACGUUGAAGAAGAAAAAAAUAAAACUGAAAUUAAGAAAUUGUCAAAAAAGAAAAGAAAAAGUGACGAAUUUGCAAUGAAUGGUGAAUUGUCUCCCUCUAGUGAGAAAAAAACAAAACUUUCCAAAUCAUUUAACUUUGGUGUUCAAGAUGGCGAUUCUACGACAAAGAAACUGAAUAAAAAAGAAAGAAAGCGUAAAAUUUCUUUAUAGUUUUAUAAAAGAUGUUUUAUUGCUCAAUAGUCGUCAGAGAUCAGUGGUUGUUUGUAGUUUGUGAAACCAGUCAAUAAUCAGGGGGGAAUAAUUCACAGAAUGAUUUAAGAAUACAUCCCUUUCAUUGGUUUGGUGUUAUUAAACUAUGUUGCAUGACUUUAGCUCAGCCAAUGAAAAUGCUGUAUCCUUACUCUUAGCCAAUGAAAAAGCUGUAUUCUGGAAGUAUUUCCACCCCAGAGUUCAUAUUUGAGCAAUUUUUUUCCAAAAAGUGUUUUUUCUUGCAUUGAGAAUGACCAACUGAGAAAUCUUUAUGUCAGUCAAUUUGCAUAGAAAUAGAAAUGUUUGAAUUUUUUUUGAAAAGCAAAAUGUACAACAGUUUGUAUUUUGUUUCUGGUUUUAUUUGUUUAAAACUUGAAAUAAGGGAAUAAAACUAAUUUUCUACAUUUGUUAAUAUAAAUUUAAGAAGCAUAAAAAGUUCUGUCCAGCUAAAUUUUUAAAUAAAACCCAGUAAAUAACAGCAAUCAAACCUCAUAUAUGGCAGAAAAUUUGAAGUGCCUGAAAAAUAUUGUAGUAGGACCACACGAAAAUAGGCAGAGAUAGGCACUCUUCUCAAAAUAUCUCCAUUCAUAAUUUUUGCCUUGAAACUUAAAAACAACAACAUUACUUGCAUGUAUUUAUCAGAAUCCUGAACAACUGAAAAUCAAGUUGGUUAUAACCGAUUUACUUUAGGAAAUGACAUAUUAUAUUGUUUUAUAUUUAAUGAAUUAUCAGGGAAGGAUGUAUUAAGUAGUACUAACUGGGUCCAUAUAUAGUAGACAAAACAUUCUCACACUUAUGGAGAGAAUUUACUCAACUUUCAAUCACUGUUUAUGAGAAAUAUCUUUGAUCCAGAAACACAAAACUGUGCACAUAGUUUCUUAUUGAUGUAUUUGGGGGGUUGGAUGGCUGAAUGGUUAGUGUGCACGCGCUGUAUCAUAAAGUCUGUCAUUGAGUCGACUGGCGUGGUUUCGAAUCCCCGGUUGUACGUGACAAGGAGUAGGCUCGCCUGUCCAACCUCGUGGGUUUUCUCCGGUUUCCUCCCACUGCUAAAGACCCCAAGCGAAUUAUUGAAAUAAAAUUAAAACCAUAUGUUAGUCCCGAAAUGACCUAGUUGUGUCGAGUGGACGUUAAACCCCAUUUCUCUCUCUCUCUCUCUUUAUUGAUGUAUUUGAUACAUUAAAACAACAAAAGUUUUAUAAAGGGCUAUAUUUUAGUUAAAAAAGGGAAACAAUUUUAAGUAAAUUCUUAACUGAAGCCUGAGAAUGCUUUGUGAACUCGGGGCCAUGUCCUUGUUGUAAUAAACAAAUAAACUUUGUCUAAAUAUUUCAAAAUGUUGUAGACUCACCUCUAUCUUGAAUAAAUGACAAUUAAUUUUAUCAUCAGCUGAAUAAUAUUUGUUAAUUAAAUGAAAAUCUGUAAAUAAAUAGAUUGAAUAAAAUAUUAUCUUUA